UCAGUGACCGGCAAGCUGAGCACACUCGGGAAAUACAUAUACUCAACUCUUCACACCGCCCAGCGAGUGUGAUUAUCUCCCCCUUUCCGCCUCUCUCUCUGUCUCUGUCUCUCUCUCUCUCUUCUCCAACGCACAUUUCUCAAUCUUGAGAAAAAAAAAGCGCUCCUCCUCAUCUCCGCACUGUCCUCAAAUCCUCCGCCAACAGAUUCUAAAUAAGCGAGUUAAAGUGCCAGACCGGAAAUGUGCUUUUGCGAGUGAAUUGAGGUCCAGAGAGAGUGUCUCGAGGAAGUUUCAACGAUUUGUGGUCUCUGCAAUCAUCCAGUGCUAAAUCAUCUCAUGACACUUUUGUGAUAACUUCUGCACACCGCAUCUUUCACCUGUCGAUCUUGAGUGAUUGUCGAAAAUGUUCCACUACAAGUAUCUCAGUGAUGAGCAUCUCAAAGGCUUCGAGAGAUACAAGUACAACAGCGUGGACACGAGUCUGCUGUCCGUGCACGUAAUGCAUCCCUUCUGGAAUUGGUGCGUGAAGUACUUUCCGCGCUGGUUGGCGCCCAACUUGAUCACAUUCACCGGAUUCCUCCUUACUGUGGCCACAUUCUUCCUCAUAGGAAAUUACGAUUACGGCUUUACGGCUGCAGAUCAGGAGGAGAAUCCCAUCCCUCGAUGGGUUUGGUUGGCGGCCGCUUUUGGUAUCUUCCUGGCCUACAACCUGGACGGAAUCGAUGGGAAGCAGGCCAGGAGGACAGGCACAAGCGGACCACUCGGAGAACUCUUCGAUCACGGCCUGGACUCCUACUCAGCCGCCCUCAUUCCCAUCUACAUGUUCACUCUGUUCGGAGUGACGGACCUUCCACCGAUCAGGAUGUUCUACGUGAUCUCCUACGUGAUCUUCCUCAACUUCUACCUCACGCACUUCGAGAAGUACAACACAGGCGUGAUGUUCCUGCCGUGGGGCUACGAUUUCACUAUGUGGGUAAGACCUGCAAUUGCCCAAGUCUCUCUGACAAUUUACUCAGUGUCUUCUUCUUCUCAGGGCGUCACGAUAGUUCUCAGCGUGACUUUCUGCGUUGGUCCUUGGCUGUGGCGAGCGCCGACUUUCUUCGGUUUAACGCCAGCAGACUCAUUCCUCGUGCUGCUCGUGCUCUCCGCCGUCCUGAGCAGUCAUCCGGUGAUCCUGUGGAACAUCUACAAGUCAUACAGGGAUCGAACGGGCAAGAUGCGCCCCUUCCUCGAGGCCAUUCGUCCCCUAAUGCCACUGGUCGGAUUGUACGCCGUGUCGCACUACUGGAUGGUCUUGUCCAUCAAUGAUGUGGUCACUCUGGAUCCUCGGAUGCUAUUUGUGUGCUUUGGGACAAUCUUCUCCAACAUCUGCUGUCGGCUGAUUGUUGCCCAAAUGUCCGACACGCGGACGGACUGCUGGAAUGGGCUGCUGUGGGUGCUCCUUGUGGCCACUGGAGUGUCAACGUUUCCCUUCUACGACAGCCUGGGUGUGCACUUCAGUGUCGGCAUGGAACUGGCCGUGGUGUACACAAUCACGGGAAUAUCAACAGCCGCCCACAUUCACUAUGGCACGUGUGUGGUGCGAGAAAUGUGCCAUCACUUCAAUAUCAAAUGCUUCCAAAUUCCACCAAGUGAAGCACCGCUGGCCGAUGCUUAGACACGAAGGAGCUGAUCUUGAAGCCAGCGCGCCAGUCCAGCAGCUCGAGGGCUCUCUUCAGCUGUGCAUUUGACUCAUCAAGACUGCAGACGAAUAACUGAUACCGAUCCUGGAUACAGGGGAAGAGCGAAGAGAUUGAAGAGCAAAAGAGAUUAAUCAAGAGAUCCUCUGAGUGGCAUUCUUGAGGAAAUGAUCUGCAGUUUAGAGAUCGCAAGAAUACUCAAAGAAAAAAAAGCAUUUAAUCUAGAGACUUUUAAGCAAGAUUGUGGGAAUAAUAGGCAAGAGAAUAAGUCAUUCAUAAAGUAGUUUGUUUGCUUUUUGGGUUCAUGAAAGCUACCAAAUCACUGCCAAGGAGAAUUUUCAUAUAGUUUAACGCCCAUUAGAUUAAGCUUUCUCAGCAUUUUUAAAUGCACUUGUCUAUGCUUGACUUUUGCACUUGAUUGAUAACAACUGCAGAUCACUUCGAAUGCCCACACAGAGUGACUGAACAAAUCAACGCAAAUACUCAAUAUAGAUUUACUAUAAGUGUUGUAAAAGUCUGCAUGUAUGCGAAAGAAAAGACACUUUACCACAAUAAG